AUGAAACAGCCACAGCUUCAGCAGCUCCUACCGCCACCUACUUGGGAUAAGCAUUCUGAAGUUUUAAAGGAGGAGCUAGAGGUCACAGAAUUCGACAAGAGAGACCAGACCAACAUCGAGCUGCUGAACGUUUCUGUGAAUAUACUGCCCCUUUUUUACUGGUACAAAAAUAUUUACUUGCCCCACGAAGGGAGACCGGGGGAAGGGGAGGGUGGGCGCUCGGGGGUGGGCACCCGUUCCCCACUCCUAGGCCCCGACGCCCCUGUCCCAGAAAGCCCGGCCUGCCGCCCCGCGGGGGAACCUCGGGGCCAGCGCCACACUCGGCCCCGCGGCGCCGCCGUCCCGCCCGGAGGCCUCGGGGUCCCGCAGGGGCGCGGGGAGGCCCGGGUGAGGGAGGUAGGGUGCGGUCGCCGCGGGGCCCGCCGCCCGAGGCCUAGCCCGCACCCCCACCCCGCCCCACACCCCCACCCCGGCCCGCGUAGGCCGCGCCGCUCGCCCUGCUCCGGCCCCGGCCGGACCCGGGUCCGCCCGCCCGCCGUCGCUGCCUGCGGGCGCCCCAGAGGCCCCCAGGUCCCCAGCCCCCGCCACCCCGGCACCGACCCCUCUCACCCCUCCAUCCUGUGUCCUGGGCCUGGCGCAGGCCGGCGAAUCCCCGGUCUCACAUCUGAGAGGCGCUGGCAAUGGACUAGGAAGCUCGGCUGCUGCUGCUACUGCUCCCCACUAGGCUCCGGCGAGAGCCUUUCCCUGUCAAGCAAGAGGGCCAAGAAGGCAGGGCUGCCGGGGCUGCACAAGAAGAGGCAGCAGCCUCCUACAGCACCACUACAGGCACUGCGAGGACAUAACACCAGAGAGCCGCUCCUCUGCCCUCCGAAACGACAACUUUCCUACCAUCUUGGAGGCAGAGGAAAGGGGGGCCGGGGGGAAAAGUGCACCCGCUCCCGAUAAAGUACAAAUUUCUACUUCUCAACUCUGGAAAAAGGUCCACGCCGGCCGUCUACACCAGCACCUGGGGGGACAAGCAGGGAAGAAACUGGGGGUGCUUGAGAAACGUUUUCCUUUGCACCAGGGGGAAAUAUGUUUCUGCAUCUUCUGAUGGAAAGAAAUCUUUACAAGACCCAGGUUUUCCGGUGAUUAUUGUUUUCUAUUUUCUGUUUUUUCCAUGUUAGUGGAGGUGGUGUUUUAAUUUUUUUUUUCAGGAUCAUAACGAUUUUUCUCCGUUACAAAUCUAAGUUCUGUGUCUGGUGUCAGUUUAUAAAUUUGUACUUCAAGAGA